AUGGGGGAGACAACUGAUGGGACGGAUGAAGUUGACGGCAGUGGGGUAUCCAGCAUUGGGCGGAAGAGGGGCGUCAGGGUCAGUGGGAAAUACAUGCCACCCCUGGACUGGGAGAGAGUCGAAAUGAAACACGCAGCAAGCUCACCAGGACAUUCCCACCUUCAUAGACCAGGCCUCUCAAUCGUCACAGGGACACCCACUGCCGCCCCAGCCCAACCUGCGGUUGCUGAGGAGCAAGUGGAGAAUGGAAAACAGGAAGGAAACAGUAAAAAGGAAGAGAAAUCCGAGGAGGAAUGGGAAACAGGCAGUGCAAAUGAGGAGGCAAAGACCCGCCGCAUUUUCGUUUCAAAGACAGGAAUUUCAAAAGACACAAUUGAAGAACUGAAAGCCCUUCUGAAGGAGAGUCCUUUAGUUACCAGUCGGCAGAAAGCAAGCAGUAAAUCGAGUUUACCACAGAGUGUGGCAGUGAAGAACUGGGAGGAGAAAUCCAAAGAGGAAGCUGGUAAACCAGCUGCUGACUCAAAAGCAUAUUCUGAAACCCCCGGACUGCAAAAUGGACAGAAACCAAGUGAGGUGUCUGCUAAAGACGAGCCGCCAACUCGUGCAGUGGAAACUCCACACGUCCAAAUCCAAGAGAACGCCAACGUCAAGCCUUCAGCCUUGAUAUCAUCAGCUUUACCUGGUCGCACUGACGGCAGGCUGGAAUCAAAGCAUGACCCAGCCUUGAGCUCACAUGUUCCUGGAAGCAUCAAAGAACUUGUUCCCACCAAUAAUUCAACUCUCUCACAAGUAGGCUCUAUGAUUGAGCAAGUGAAGCAACAGAUCACAAGAGAAGAUAUACGGUUUAUUCGCUUUGAAGCAAGUGAUCUUAAUGGAAUUUCAAGAUCGAAGACAAUUCCAGCUCGAUUUUUCCAGGAGAAGGUGCUGCAUGGCGUACCCAUACCCAGAGGUUACCUGGAGCAACUCCUGAGCUCAAAAGAAAACGAAGCAGAUUCCAACUACCAUGGUGACAUCCUCUUAAUGCCUGACAUUGCGACCUUCAGGGUGCUCCCAUGGGCGGAGAAGACCGCAAGGGUCAUCUGCGACUCCUGCUCUGUCACCAGCCGUCCCCUGCUGACAGACCCCAGGCAAGUAGCCAAGCUUCAGCUGGACCAGCUGCGAGCCCUCGGCUUUGCCCUGCGCUCCUCCUUCACCUAUGAGUUUUGCCUGUACACCUUUGCCCAGGCCUUGGACGCCCCGGCGACCUUCCCUGCCGCCACCCUCCUCAACAACCACCACCAGGGCUUCGUGCAGGAGUUAAUCGAGGGCAUGUACGGCGCCGGCGUCGACAUCGAGAGCUUCUCUUCGUCGUGGGGGCCCGGCCAAAUGGAGGUGACGCUGCGGGCCGAGUUCGGGAUGGGCGCGGCGGACAACGCGUUCGCCUUCCGCACCGGCGUCAAGGAGCUGGCCAAGAAACACGAGCACGCUGCCAGCUUCUUCAUGCCGCUGGGCUUCGCCAACCUGGGCCCGCUGUCGCACGGCCUGUGGGACGCGGGCGGCCGGCGCAACCUCUUCUGCAACAAGCCGGGCGCCGCCGGGCUGUCGGCCCUGGGCCAGCGGUGGCUGGCCGGCCUGCUGCAGCACGCCGCCGCCCUCAGCUGCCUGGUGGCGCCCGGCGUCCGCUGCCGCAAGUGGCGCGGCCCGGGCCCACGCGAGGGCGUGGUGCAGGUGACCUGCGGCUCCAACGACAACACCUGCGCCUUCAACACCAAGUGGCACGGCGGCAGCGGCGCCCACCUGGAGAACCGCCUGGCGUCGGCCGUGGCCAACCCUUACAUCGUUCUCGCUGCCACCGUGGCUGCCGGACUGGACGGGCUCCGGGCCGGCUUGUCGGAGGACGGCGAGCAGGUAGCGCCCACUCUCCAGCCGGCGAAGGCCUACACCAUCCCCCUGCAGCUGGAGGAUGCACUGGAUGCGCUGGAACAGGACCAGUGCAUCCAGAGUGCGCUGGGGGAGACCUUCACACAGUACUUCAUUGCUGUCAAACGGUUUGAACUGAAGACACAGGCACCAGAUGGCGAAGACAAGUACCUGGAGUAUUUCAUCUAG